AAUGCAUCUCAUGCAUCCACAACAUUUAUGCUCACUUUUUACCUUAAAAGUUUGAUAGUACGUUCCCACUUUAAAGUCAACAUUUGUCCAAGAGGUAGGAUUACGAGCUCCUUACCCAGAAGGCGACACCAUGGCGAAUGCGGCUAAUAAGCGAACGUACUACAAACGAGUAUUACCUUCUCCUCCAGCUAUAGCCUUCUCAUCGGCCGAAGGACGGGUGAUAUUCUCGGAAGCCCUUCGUCUUGGCAGUAUGGUUGGAUUCUUCAAAUUGAUAGAGCAAUUUACUACCCAGGAGGAGCCGCAGUACUGCGGCCUAGCAGCGCUCGCCAUGACGCUUAACGCACUGAGCGUAGAUCCGCGGCGCCUGUGGAAGGGCUCCUGGCGCUGGUUCUCCGAAACCAUGCUGGAUUGCUGCAAGAGCAUGGAGGACGUGAAGCGUGACGGCCUCACGCUCAGCCAGGCAGCCUGCUUGGCCCGGUGCAAUGGAGCCGACGUGUCCAUCCACCGGCAUGGCACCUUUGAUGCGGAGGACUUCCGUCGGACACUGCGGGAGGUCUGUGCAUGCGAGGACCGCCACAUGGUGGUGUCGUACAGUCGCAAGACGUUCAAACAGAGCGGCGACGGGCACUUCAGCCCCGUGGGCGGCUACCACUCGGAGCGGGACCUGGUGCUGCUACUGGACGUGGCUCGCUUCAAGUACGCGCCUCACUGGGUUCGAACCACGGACCUGAUUGACGCCAUGGGCCUGCAUGACCCCGUCAUCGCUCGCCCGCGGGGAUUCCUGCUGCUCAGCUGCCGGCAUCCGCGCGAGUCUGCGCUGUUCACUGUGACGAUGAUCCCCACCUCCAACCCUGCCCUCAUCCACACUCCUCCACGACUACCGUGCCCUGCUUCCGCGACCGUCACGGCGACCUCCUCCGCCCCCGCUGCCACCCACCCUGCUGCUGCUGCUGCGCCGCUUUCAGUUCCUCCACCUCUCCUGCGGCUCUCAGAGCUGCAUGAGCAGCAGCAGCCCCGGCAGCAGCAGCAGGAGGCCUCCCAUUCCCCUACCCCUGCCCCGCAACCCGCAUGGUCCGGGGCACUGCGCUUCCUGAGCCAUGAUGCCCCCGCGUUGCUGCGUCGGCUGGUCCCUGCUGCUGGUAGCGGUCUGACGGAGGGGGUGCAGGCGAGUGGCGACGAAGCAGCUGGGAGGGCGGCAGCAACGGACACAGCGGUGCGAGAGGGAGCAGGGGCGGACGGUCUUGGCUGCGGUGUCUGCAGCUCUGGUGGGAUUGUGACGCCGCACGCACCCACUGUCAUCCCCAGCGUGGAGUCUCUGGUGGCGUCCCUGGUGGCAGCAGCGCCGCUGGACAGCGUGUGUGCGCUGCUGAGUCGCCGACCCACGCUAGCAGCCGUGGGGGAGGUACGAUCCGGACCUUGCUGCGGUUGUACGGCAACGUACGGCGGCGGCGGCUGUACCGGCAGUGGCGGAAGUAGCGUCCUAGCGCCAUGCAACAGCGGUUGUGGUGGUGGUAGAGGUAGUCUCGUCACGGGGUUGAUGACUGCUUGGGCGGCGGCAGCGGUGAUGGGAGGGCCGGCUGCGGCCCAGGCGCAGUGCUGUGAUGGCGGCAGUGGGGACGCGAUAACCUUCGCGACAAACUCAAUUGCUGCUGCGGCUGCUGAUGGCAGUAGCGGCAGCAGCAUUGCUGCUUCUGUUCCUGUAGCAACUGCUGCUGCUGCUGCUGCCACCAGCAGCAUCAACGGAGCCAUCCAAUGCUGCCUCACAGCAGCGCGCGCCUCUCCUCCCCCACCAGCGGAGGCAGCGGCUGCAGCAGCGGCGGCGGCGGAUUUCGAACUCCUGACUUCAGCUAGCACAGCAACCAUGAUGGGUGAAUCCCCACCUGCCAGCAUGGGCUUCCUUCAACAGAUGUCUGGGAGCAUGCCAGGCAUGCCCAACCCAAGCUUAUGCAUGCCCAAGCUCCAGAGCACCAGCAGCGCCUGCAGCAUCGCUUCGGCCAGCGAUGUGGGUUCGCUGGGAAGCAGUCUGGGCAGCAGCAGCAGCAGCAGCGAGUGGGGAGGAGCGCGCAGCAGCGACUGCAGCAGCGCCGGGUCGCUGCAAAGCAGCAGCAGCUGGGUCUUCUGCAUUACUGGCUGCAAAGCCCGUAUGCCCAAUUGUAAUAACAACAACAGCAGCAGCGGCAGCAACAUUGUCAGCAACAGCAGCAGUAACGGUGGUAACAGCACCAGCGAUGCGGGGGCAUGCAGUUCUGGUGCUUGCAGCAUCAUCAUCAACAACAACGAUGGCGUGAAGAACGCUAGCACUGGCUAUUGUGCCAGUGGCACUAGAAUCUGCAACCACGGCAGCAGCAGCUCCUGCUGUCACGGGGAGCCGCUUGAGCACCACUGCGUCCCACCGCAGGUCCAAGCCCUCAUGUUGGACGAGCUCCGCUUCACGCACAUGUACCAGCUGGUGUCGUACUGCCUGCGGCGGCAGCGCGGCUGCCCGCAUGGUCGUGCCCCGGACCUGGAUGCCUUCAUGCGCCCGGCGGGGACGAAAAAGCAGCCGCCACCGCCGGCUGCUCAGCUGCAACCGGCUGCCGAGUCGGGAGCCUUGGGACCACCCCAGCACAUGCAACAUGCUCCUGCUCCUCGGGCUGCUCCUGGGACUGCUUCUGGGACCAUGUCCGCGUCUGCUGGGUCCAACACAGCCGACCUCUCAGCGGGGGCUGAUGCCGCUGCUGGAGGAGCUGCUGGAGCUGCUGGAGCUGCUGCUGCCCCUGCCCCUGCAAACGGAGGAGGAGAAGGAGGAGUCCCGGAGCGGUUCCGCCCGUCCUCAGGGAGCAGCAGCAACAGUAACAACAGCAACAGCGAUGCCGCAACGGAGGCCUGCGGCUGUGGCGAUCUGGGCCUCCCGGAGCUGGCGGCUGAGAAGCUGACGCUGUUGCUGCUGACGCUGCCCGGGGCUAGCGAGUUGUGGCCGCAGCUGCCACCACCACCACCAACAACAACACCAGCAGCAGCAGCAGCACUGUCACCGCCGCCACAGCAGCAACAGCAGCAGCAGCUGCCGGGCGUCAGCAGUCCCUUCAAGGCGGCCGCCUUGGGAACCCGUCUGGUGCCCACGGAUGCUGACACUGAUGCCCUCAACACGGUUGCUACCAACGUUGCUGUCACCGGGUUCACCCAGUCAGAAACCGCAGAAGAAGAACAACAUGCAGCCGCGCGUACCGGCGCUGCUGGAAGUGGCGGUUGUAACACCACCAGAAUUGUUACCACCACAAGUACUGGCAACGGGGAUCGGGGCGGUGUCGUUUGCGGACGGCCGUUUUGCCGCAGGUGCGGUCGACGCCGACGCGUAGGAGGAGG